CCCCUCCCCUUCCCCAUGUGUGAAGUGCUGCCAAAGCCCCAUCAGCUCGGCUUCGUGACCCAAAACUCCCAUUUCACGUCGAAGGACCAAGCAGGACAGUUUUUUAGAAGUGGACAUACAAAUAACUGGGCAGUUUUGGUGUGUACAUCUCGAUUCUGGUUUAACUACCGUCAUGUGGCAAAUACACUUUCAGUUUACAGAAGCGUGAAAUAUAAUCUUAUUCCUCAGAGUCACAUUGUCCUGAUGCUGGCAGAUGAUAUGGCAUGUAAUCCAAGGAAUCCCAAGCCAGCAACAGUCUUUAGCCAUAAAAACAUGGAGCUAAAUGUUUAUGGAGAUGAUGUGGAAGUGGAUUACAGAAGCUAUGAGGUUACCGUGGAGAAUUUUUUGCGUGUAUUAACAGGAAGAAUCCCACCAAGCACACCUCGAUCCAAACGCCUACUUUCUGAUGACAGAAGCAAUAUUCUAAUAUAUAUGACUGGUCAUGGUGGAAAUGGUUUCUUGAAAUUUCAGGAUUCUGAAGAAAUCACUAAUGUAGAACUUGCUGAUGCCUUUGAACAAAUGUGGCAGAAAAGAAGAUACAAUGAAUUGCUGUUUAUUAUUGAUACCUGCCAAGGAGCAUCCAUGUAUGAACGAUUUUAUUCUCCAAAUAUAAUGGCAUUGGCUAGUAGCCAAGUAGGAGAAGAUUCUCUUUCGCAUCAGCCCGAUCUUGGGAUUGGAGUCCACCUUAUGGAUAGGUACACGUUUUAUGUUUUGGAGUUCUUGGAGGAAAUUCACCCAGCCAGCCAAACCAAUAUGAAUGACCUCUUUCAGGUGUGCCCUAAAAGUUUGUGUGUUUCAACACCUGGACACCGGACUAAUCUUUUUCAGCGAGAUCCUGAGAAUGUUCUGAUAACAGAUUUCUUUGGCAGUGUUCGAAAGGUGGAAAUUACAACAGAAAUCGUUGCUCUGGAUCCUAACUUAGUUAGCUUUGAAACCAGGGUUCCAAAAGAUGAGAUGGCAACUGAGCCACUAAAAUAUGCUGAGCAGCUUCCUGUAGCUCAGAUAAUACACCAGAAACCCAAGCAGAAAGAAUGGCAUCCUCCAGGAGGUUUUAUUCUAGGACUUUGGGCAUUGAUUAUCAUGGUCUUCUUUAAAACAUAUGGAAUCAAGCACAUGAAAUAUGUCUUCUAGGUUUUCUGAGCAACCAAGAUGAUUGUACUGACUGCAAUAUGGGAUAAAAAUUGGUGUUAUCAAAGUCUCUUUAUUUGUGUAUUAUGUCUGUUUGUAGUGACAAAUAAUGCUGAAACCUCACAUCUAGAUGUUUUUUGAUGUUUUAUCAUCUGUCCUCCUCUCUGUAAAAAGCCUAAGUAAUGGUUUUACAAUUGGAUAAUUUUAUACUUUCUCAUUUAAACACAUUAUACUGCUGUUUCUGAGAAAUAUUUCUCCUGUGUUUUCAGAGAGAGAACAGGAAAACUCUAGGUCUCAGCUGAAUCUUUAAAAUGUUAAGUCUGAUUAUGAAUUGUGGAAGAGAAAGAAUUCUCAAGUUAUCCUGUCAUUGGAACAAAGGACUGGACUCUAUGCAGAACCUUAUUUAAUGUGUCAUUUUAUCAAUAAAAACUUAAGUCACUCUGCAGACUUCAGGCAUGACGUAUUGAAAACUUGCUCAACAGAAA